GGGCUCCUUUCGGAAGCAAUCCGUACGCGCAAAGUGAGAACCAGAGCGCUGGCAAUCUUUCGGGUGGAGCUGCCCCGCGGGCUGCCCCAGAGCCAGUUCGCAGCCUGAACUCCACACUCGCUCCAGCUGCCAACGUCGGCGCGGUCACACCUGUCAGUGCUCUCAAUGCCUACAGCGGCGGGCGCUGGAAGAUCAAGGCGCGUGUUGUGACGAAAGGCAACGUGCGGAAGUUCAACAACCAGCGUGGGGAAGGUCAACUGUUCAAGGUGGACCUCGCGGAUAAGACAGGCGAGAUUUCGGCAACAUUUUUCGGCCGCGCGGUGGACAAGUACUAUUCCCUGUUGAAGCCUGAGAAGGUGUACACUUUUCAAAAGGGCCAGAUCAAGCCUGCAAACCGGCGCUACGAUCGCGGCGACCACGUCUUGGUCUUUGAAGAGCAUGCGCUUAUCGAAGCUGUGGGCGAGGACGACGACAUCCCGAAGAUAAGCUACGACUUCCGGGAUCUCUCCCUGGUAGAAAGCCUGCAGCCGGAGACGCAUAUCGACGUAAAAGCCGUGGUCUUCCAGAUGCAGGACCCCUUCACCUUCACUGCCAAGACCUCAAACAAGGAGAUGACAAAACGUGUGAUUCAUCUCUGGGACAAUUCUGGAGACCCCAGUACUGGUAGCACGUGCGAGCUCACGCUUUGGGGAGAGACGGCCCUGAGUUCGGAGUUCGAAGUGAACCAGGUGAUUUUCUUGAAGAAGGCCCGCGUGUCGGAGUUCAAUGGCCAGAAGAGUCUGAGCAGCCCUGCAGGAAUGCAGCACCAUCCGGACACCCCGCAAGCCUUCGCCUUGAUGCGUGCGUAUACGCAGCUGCAGCAGACGAACCCUUAUGCGCUGCAGUUGCGGACCAACUUUAGCAGUUCUACUGCAAAGCGCCAGACAAUCGAAGAACUGCGCCAGGAAGACAUCAACUUGGGCCCUCCUCCACAGCCGUUCCAGCCACUCGUCCCUGGUGAAGCAAAGAGUGUCCAUCGACACUGGGUCAUGGCGACCUUCACCAACCUGCCGACGGACCGGCCACCGUAUUACACCGCCUGUCCGGAGAAGACGGAAGCGACACAGCCUCCCACCUCAACCAGCCAGCAACCCGCAAUGAGGCCUUGCAACAAGAAAGUGGCCCUGGAGUCUGACGGGUGCUGGACGUGUGUUGCUGGCCAUAAAUCACAGCAGCCAGAUUUCCGGUACAUGUGCCGGAUCACCAUCUUGGACCACACAGACAAGUGUGAGGUGAACCUCUAUGAUGAAACAAUGUCAAAGGUGCUGCAGUGUCCGGCCAAGGACUAUGCCCCGAUCUAUGACGGAGGCACGAACAGCGGCGACAUGCUAGCUGAAAUGCGCAAGCUGAAUUCGCGGAUGGAGUGGAGGAAGUGCUUAUUCCGACUCCGUGCGCAGAAGGAGGUUUGGAAUGACAACGAACGUGUCAGGUAUUCCGUGGAUGAUGUCCAGCCUGUCAACCUGGUGCAGGAUGCUAAGCAGAUGUUUGCAGAGGGCCCCGGAGACAUGGUGUUGUCGGACAUCACCAACACAGACGCUUCCCUGCUGAGCAGGCACAGAGCUUGUGCGUUGAAUGGGAAGCCUGGCGAUGUGCAAUCCUCCAAGGAGCUUCCAGUGAGCCUGGCCAAGAACUUGCACUCCCGGGCUUUGGAGCAGGAGAACAUCCUCCUGCGGCAGGAGGUGGAGCAGCUCCGGGCGCAGAAUGUGGCCGGCGAGGGGUCGCACUCCUACAACACCGAGCACGCCGCGGGCGGCAAGGCUGCUCGGCCAGAACCAGGCACAAUGAUGGAGCUGGCAAUUGUGCUGCUUGCAGUUCUCCCCGGAGUCAUGGGAGACCCCAAGUUCCUCUGCCACAUCCUUGCGUGGCGCAACCUCAUCGAGGGAGCCACCUGGUCCUUGGAAGAUAGCCCGGUUCCGGCCUUCGUCAGAGAUUCCAAUGAGCUUGUAGCUCCGCGGUGUUUGCCUGGAUACAUCGAUACCACAGAGGGAAAGGCCUUCUACUGGUCGUGCGCUUUCCACUGCGAUGGUGGACAGUAUUAUGCCUCUGCCGGCUGCAUGUGCGCAUGCCUCACGCCUGAGCAAAUCGAGCGCCUUGGCAGCCAGAGCUUUGAGGCCUCCACUGCACCAGGUGGGAUGAAGCAAUCUGGUGGGAUCUUGAUCACGCCUUCCACUGUGGCUCCACCCCCCGGAGGCGACCCUGUCUUGGAGAUUCCGGUGGGGGCCUUGGGUGAGGACAGGAAACCUGCACCCCCGACAGUUGACAGUUACGUCGCUCCGGAGCAUGAAGCCCCGGCCUUUCAACCUUCAGAAGCGGCUGACGAGGAGAGCGGCUUGAGCUUGGUGGUGAUCGCUUUCAUAGGGGGCACUCUCCUUGUCAUCGCUGCCACUACCACGCUGGUGUGCGCCCUUUGGUCCAGCUAUUCUGACAACAAGCGCCGGGGUAGGGUAAAGUUUGUGGUGGAGGCACCAAGGUUUAGCCCCCAUGUACCAGUAGAGAAGUGCCCGCAGCCGCCUGUGGCUUUUCAGCCACCGGCAGCCCCGAUGAAAUUGGCCGUCAGCUUGCAAGAGCCUGCAAUACGUGUUUCUUGGACCUCCAGCAAUGCCUCGAGUAAUUCCAGGAUGCAGGUUCCACGGGCUGCGCAGCAACAUCUGCAACUUCCCGAUGGCGACCGCGCGCUGAAGGGAAGUCCAAGCCUAAGCAAAGGCAGCCGGGGCAGCCAGGCCAGCACUUGCAGUGGUGGCGCCAGCGGCACCAGCAGCAUGUCCAGCAAUUCUGCCUGGGCUGUGAAGAGGGAGCCCCAAAGCGAACGGCCGAAACUAGGUAGCAAGGGUGGCUUCGGCAACCUGAAGCCAUCACGAGUUUAUCCAGGCUCAGAGCAGGUGUUUGCAUGA